GAAUUGCGUGAAAAAAAUAGAGAAUACUCGAACAAACGAGAAGCCGUCUAGUGCUAAGAAUAAGCAUUGAUUGGCUAGGAUACGGUUGCUAGUAAAUUCGAGUAGAAACUUGACGCAAGAAAAUUCGAAACGGUUUGCGUCUGCGCAUGCACAGUUCGAAAAAUCUCGAAAAGCGCGCCACAUCAAAUAUAAACCCCGGCCGGCAGUAUUGCGCAGUCAGUUAAAAACUGCAACUUGAAGUGCAAGGUUCGUAGAACGUUCCGAGCUACUAACGAACGACUUUAUACAAAACGAACGAUUAUUUCUUCCUGUGAGUGGUUUAUAAAAUAAGGAUAUCCAACGAGAGAUCAUUCGCAUCGAUAUGGCACUGGUAACUAGAGAUCUUUUCCGCAAUUGGUGGAGGGAUAUGGAUCGUUAUCAUCAAGAAUUGGAAGAACACUUCAAACGUCUUAGCACCAGAGACGAUUUUUGGAAACUACCACCAAUGCCAUCCUUCAAGGACUUCUUCCAGCCAUGGAGGAACAUGAUAGAAGAUUUGGAACAUCAAGUUGGAGGUUCGACCACCGUUGAACGAGAUGAAAACAAAUAUCAAGUGAUUGUCGAUGUACAGCAAUUCGCACCAGAAGAAAUCACUGUCAGAACAGACGACAAAUCUAUUACCAUCGAGGGUAAACAUGAAGAGAAAAAGGAUCAACAUGGUUACGUAUCAAGACAUUUCGUGCGCCGAUACGUGUUACCACAAGGAUACGAUAUCGGCCACGUUAAACCGAGUUUGUCGUCCGAUGGUAUUCUCACUGUCACUGCUCCAAGACUCGCUCUACCAGCACCAGGAGAAAGAAUCGUACCAAUCGAACGAAGUAACGCGCUAGCAAUUAAGGCGUAAAUAAUAAAUGAUAUUAUCAUUUUUCUUCUAAUCGACACUCGUGUAAUACAUAGAAAUUCAUCAUGAAACUUCUUCUUUAAGCUUAAAAAAAUCGCACAUAUUGAAACAGUAUGUUAAAGACAUUUAAAUGUAAAAUUCAAAGUACAGUAUCACCCUAAAUAUAUUCUUUAUGUAUGCAAUGUAUUUAUAUUUAUUUGUAAUAGGUUAUGUAUCUAACAUCUGAUUUAUUGUCCUGGUAAUCUUGUAUAAAAAAUAGUUUUAAGGUUUUUCAAUGUAUUGACACGUUUUUCGUAACUUAUAACUGUAAAUAGUAAAAAUGUCAAUAUAUUGAAAUGUACAGGAACCGUGGACAUAGAAUCUAUGAAUAUGUAUGAAAUACUAUGAAAAAAAGGAUCAAAAUAAAUAUCAUGAAUUGAAUUUCUAUAUGACGGCA